GAUGACGCAAGAGGCUCUGGAUUUAAACAUCAGUCAAGCGGAGUUUGCAACUGGCGGUCCAUUCCAAAAUUACGACUGGGAAUUCCGUGAUAGUUCUCGAGAUUCGAUCGGUACAGGAUCCGCAGCAGGGUGGUCAAGAACCUGCUGCAAAUCCAACGGGACUUCGACAUGCGUCCACUCUGGUCAGCGAAUUGCCAAGUGCUGCCAUGAGCGGCGCUACACUUGCUGGUGAUCCUGAGAAGGGCGAUGCUAUUGUCACAAGGGAGCAUAAUAACCUUGACAACAUCCCACCGAAGAAACCUGGAAUUUUCCGCCGAAUCUACCUUACCUUCCGGAGAACAUACUGCCCCCUCGAAGAUCCACCGUUAGUCCUCCCAUCCGGACCGACAGACGAGGAGAAAUACUUCUAUAUCCAUACGAAUCGAAUCCCGCUAUACAUACUCGGGGUCCUUGCGUUUUUGAGUCUGUCUGCCGGAAUGUGGCUGUUCGCGCUUUGCUCCGUCAUUUUCAGUUGGUUUGGGUUUUUCGUCGGCCUCUUGCAGAUAUACCUCCUUAUCUCGUACUUUGUCGGCGUCAUUGGAAAGGACUUCGAUCUCGCCUCACACGACAGCUUGUUGGAAGAGUUUCCAGUAAAUGAGAAGACCGCGCCGACGGUGGAUAUUUACUUGCCGUGCUGCAAGGAGCCUUUGGAGAUCUUGGAGAACACAUACAACCAUAUUUCCAAGCUCGAGUAUCCGAAAGGGAAGCUUCAGGUACAUGUGAUGGAUGAUGGAAAUAUGGAGGAGGUGCGGCUGCUUGCAGAAAGGUAUGGAUUCCAUUACUCGGUUCGCGACGAUCGACCGCGCUUGAAGAAGGCUGGAAACCUCCGAUGGACCUUUGCGAGAACAAGCGCCGAUUUUUUUGCUAUUUUCGAUGCCGAUUUCUGUCCCCGAUCCGAUUUUCUAUUGGAGUUGAUGCCGGAGCAUUUAGCGGAUAACAAGACGGCAAUUGUGCAGACUCCUCAAUUCUUCCGAGUCCGAGAGGAUCAGACUUGGGUGGAGCAAGGAGCGGGGGCGACGCAGGAACUCUUCUACCGAGUUGUGCAGGUGAACAGGAACAAAUGGGGUGCCUCGAUCUGUGUUGGCAGCAACGCGAUGUAUAGACGGGAGGCCCUGGAACCGGUUGGUGGAACGGCAGAGAUCGGUUUCUCUGAGGAUGUGCAUACCGGGUUCGGCGCAGUUGACCGGGGUUGGAAGGUCAAAUACAUACCCAUUUGCCUGGCGACCGGCGUUUGUCCAGACAAUCCCCGAGCAUUCUUCUCGCAGCAGAUGCGUUGGGCUCGUGGUUCGACAACGCUGUUGACGAACCCACAUUUCUGGACGUCGAACCUGUCACUCAUGCAGAAAGUCUGCUACCUGUGUGGUCUAAUGUACUACUCCGCCAUAUCUCUCUCCAUCUUCAUCUCUCCAAUUCCCGGUAUCCUCCUCCUCUGGCUCCGUCCCGAGUACUUCAAAUACUACAACCUCGCCUUCGCCAUCCCCUCGAUUGUCUACGGCCUCCUUCUAUUCCGCUUCUGGGCCAAAGCCAAAUAUGGCAUGAAUGUCCAACAUAUCAUGGUCAUCCAGUCGUACGCGUAUUUAACCGCCAUCAAAGAUCGACUUCUGGGGAUCAACCUGCACUGGGUGCCGUCCGGAGAUGCGAAGGCCCAUAAGAACCACAAAUACCGCAACAUGCGGAUACUCUGCUGGACAUGGACCUUCUUUACUCUUGGUGGUAUGAUUUCGGCGGUCGUAUGGCGGCUGACGCAUGAUCUUCCAUGGUAUCAUACCCUACCAUUGAUCAUUCUCAGUGUGUACAACACGUAUCUUGCACAUUACUUUCUCUUAUAUUGUGGUUGACCGGGGGAAAUUGGAAAUGACUUGGGGACUUAGACAAGUAAUGAAGCGAUUUAAUAUUGCAUGACUAUGGAAACAAGGAAAGGGAAAU